AUGAACAAGGACAGCGUUGGCGCUCGUUAUGACGUGGGCACUUCUGAUGGAGGAUCUGCUGCAGAGUUCUGCCAUUGGGCUGUGGUCCGAAACAAAAUAUCGGCGGCGACAAGCAGCAAGCCUGGGAUCGGUGCAACUAUCGUUGGGCAUAAAUUCAACCAGCCCAUUGCUUAUGCCGUGUGGCCGGCCUCCCUGCAGCAACUAUCGUUUGGGCAUAAAUUCGACCAGUCCAUUGCUUAUGCCGUGUGGCCGGCCUCCCUGCAGCAGCUUUCGUUUAGGGGAUCCUUCAACCAGCCAAUUGUCGGAGUGGUGUGGUCAGCCUCCGUGAAGCAGGUCUCGUUUGCGGAUGACUUCAACCAGCCGAUCGCCCAAGUCGUGUGGCCGGCCUCCCUGCAACAACCAACUUUUGGUUGUGAAUUCAAUCAACCCAUCACUGGGGUCGUGUGGCCGGCCUCCCUGCGGCAGCUAUCGUUCGGGGGAUCAUUUACCCAGCCCAUCGCCGAGGUCGUGUGGCCGGCCGUCCUGCAGCAGCUAUCGUUUGGGCAUAGAUUCGACCAGCCCAUUGUCGGAGUGGUGUGGCCGGCCUCCCUGCAAUGGCUAUCGUUUGGUCACAAAUUCAACCAGCCCAUCGUCGAAGCCGUGUGGCCGGCCUCCCUGCAGCAGCAAUCAAUUGGUUGGAAUUUCAACCAGCCCAUCGUCGAAGCCGUGUGGCCGGCCCUCCUGCAGCAGCUAUCGUUUGGCUGGGAAGUCAACCAGCCCAUCGUCGGCGUUGUGUGGCCGGCCUCCCUGCAAUGGCUAUCGUUUGGGAUCAACUUUAACCAGCCCAUCCACGGCGUCGUGUGGCCGGCCUCCCUGCAGCAGCUACGGUUUGGUUACGAAUUUUACCAGCCCAUCGACGGCGUCGUGUGGUCGACCUCCCUGCAGCAGUUAUCGUCUGGUUACGAAUUCAACCAGCCGAUCACGGGUGUUGCGUGGCCGGCCUCCUUACGAAGUGUGACUCGUAAAGGAUUUAGUCUGUUGUGA